AAUAUCUGCCAUUUUCCGCGUUGCAGGAGGCUGCAGAACCAGGAUCCAGGCUUAGGCACCACCGCAGAGCCCCCUAGCUGGAGUCAUGCAGUCCUUCAGAGAACGUAGUGGUUUCCAUGGCAACCAGCACUGCUACCAGCAGGAACCCCAAGAAUUAUUGCGCCUUGAGAGUUAUAGACAUCAUCACAGCCAGUCCAGACAAGGCUAUGAGGCGCACUCUCUAGCUGCUGCGGGGAUGUCAACAGCGGGAGCAGGUUCUAAAGACUGUUAUGGCCAGCAGACCUAUCCUGUCUACAGCAGCCCCAAUGCUACUCAGACUAAAAAACCUUACAGAGGAGCUAAAACUCCAAGCCAGCUCCUGCAGGCUGGCUACAGUAAUCACAUUGGCCCUGGAUAUUCAGCCCAGUAUAUGAGUGAAGGUCACUUGCAGCAAAAAUGGGAUGAGUCAGCUCAGAUGACCCAGUUUGAGCAGGACAUGGUGGGACGGCUGGAGUCGGGGGUCAGUGGGUCAUCCCAGUACCUAGAGCAGAACAUGCUAGCUAUCUCUCAGAGCCAGUGUCAUAUUUCCACUCAGUCCUCUGCCCCUGCAUAUACAAGCCCCCAUCAACAGUGCCCUCCCCCAAAUCCUGCACAGUCUCCUUUAAUGUAUCCCCAGGGCCACUUACAUUUCCCCCAGCACUCUCAACCAACUUCCUCCUCCUCUUCAUCUUUGUAUAUGGAGAAAUGUAAUCCAAUUCCCCAUGGCUACAAGGGCUAUGGUAUUCCACCUAAUGCCCAGUAUGGAAGACAACUCAGUAAUCACAGCAGUCUAAAGCAGAGUGGAUACAGACCACAGAAUAAUUAUGGUUACCAGCAAAAUCCCUCCAGAUCUGGAUUUGAACAGGGCUCCAUGCAAGGGAUGUCUGGUACACAGGAGAACCUCCAGAAAUUUCAACACUACAAUCAGCCCCAGCAAAACUACUGCAUAACAGAUAUAUCUGUAAGGUCUCCAGAACAAUACUAUCAGACUUGCAGCCCAAGUUCAAGUCACUCACCUGCAAGGUCUGUGGGAAGAUCUCCCUCAUACAAUUCCACACCAUCCCCCUUAAUGCCAAACCCUGAUUCAUUCCAGUAUGGACAGCCCCCCAUCAACCCUGGGGCUUCCUCAUCCACAGGUUUACAAGAACAAAACAUGCUGAUGCCCCCUCAUACCCACACAUCACCGAGUGUGAACCACCAGUCCCAGAGCUAUUCUAGCUCCAUGAAAGAGCAAUUCUCUGAAAAGCUCCUGUCCAACCCAAGUUUGUGGAGCCUCAAUGCCCUGACAUCUCAGGUUGAGAAUAUCUCCAAUAAUGUCCAGCAGCUGCUACUCUCCGAGGCCCUUGUGGCAAACAAAAAGUCCAGCAAGCGAAACCAUCAGAAAAAAGAAGACUAUGGAGGCCACUUAAAGGGUAUUGAAGAUCAAUCUUGUCCUGAUAACCAACAUGGUCCUCCACCAUCUGAUGCUUACAGCAUUCCCAGGUCCAUGACAACAGAAUUGCAGGAAAGAGGAUACUCCAGCAGUACUGAGGACCAGAUGGACAGGAGCUAUUACUAUUUUGGUCAGGCCAAAGGCCAAGCACACAUGCAGACAAACUCGCGGCUUAGCCUUGAUGCAGCAUCUUCCUGCUCCUUAAACUCAGCAGAUGAUAUGUCUGUCAGGUCAGGUGACUCAGUUCGAAGUCUACAGAGUGAAGCCUCUGAAGAAAAUCUCAAUUGCAACCCCAGAGAACAGAGAGUACCUACUGGAGAGGACCCCAACAGCUCCCUCAGGUGUAUUAGAGAUGAGAGGUCUCCCAUAUGUGUAACAGCCCCAAGUCCUAUGAAACAGGAGAGUAAUUCACCACCAGAAAUAAAGCGUUCAGAAAGCACUCUAAAAGAGAACUUUGAGGAGUCAGCAUGGACUGAGAAGAUGGCUGAUGAGGAGGACAUUGCACAAAGAAAGCUGUCUGCAGAGCAUGAGUGCAAAGGAGAGGUCACUGAGAAGCCACAGAAGUGGUUGGAGGAUGAGAAAAGUCCUUCUCUUUUUCAUAAAAUAAAUAAAGCGGUAUUAGAGGAAGGCUACUCAUAUGAAACAGAAGUCUACCAAGGGCUACAAAACAAAUAUAAUUCAGAGAAAGGAGACUUAACAGACACUGACUGUUUUUCAGACCUUAAUCACAAAGGAAAUGAAGGCACAGAAAUAAGGUCUACAAAUUUCAAAUCAGAGCCACAGCCCAAUGUUGAAACUCCUGAAAAUUCAUCACCAGGUAGUUCAGGCACUGAUAUGUAUUUGCCAGAGAAAGAAGAAAACUCAAAGGGUGAAAAUUCUGUAAAGAGCAUCACAUGCACAGAGGAACCAAUGGACACCCUGGAGGAAAAACAGUCUGUCCUCUUCCAUAAUUCCACUGAGGUGAGAGAUGAAAUGGAGAGUCUUACAACCUCUGAGGAAGUCAUUGAUAAUAAAGCAAGACCACAGGAGUCCUUUGCAGAAGUAUGUAGUACAUUUGAAGAGAUGGAAAAUGUGUCCCAAAUCAACACAGAAACUGCAGAAAGCUUUGCCCAGGACAUGCCACACAAAGGCAGUGAAAGGAGGUCAGCAUUAUGUGACAUUGCACCUCAGCCUCACACAGCCAAGAGUGGCUUCUCAGCUCUCAAUGAGAAAACAACACCUAUGGCUCAGGCUAGAGAACAUCACAUUGAUCGCAGUGAUGCAAAGGUACUGGAGCCUGACUCUCCUCAAUUGCCAGGCAAGUCAAUACUGCACUCUGCACCAUCCUGGGCUGACACCCCACCCUCCCCCAAGAAAGGGGAUGAGGAUAUGGAACUGGGUAUAAGCUGUCCCAGCGCAGUGACUCCCUCAGCCAAACCAGACCCAUUGGCCCCAUCUGCACAUACAAGAAUGUUUGGUAAGAAGCAUGCACGGGGCAGGAGGAGACUAAUGCAUUCAAGUGUAGGGAUCAGAAGGCAGCUAAGUGUGGAAGGAGACAAAGCUCCACAUUCUGUCCAAAAUCCCAGUAUGCCCUCCAGCAAAAGCGCCCUUAUUCCUGAUCAGAUGGAAACUGCCCACCAGGAUGUUAGCAGUCAAACACCAAAACUUUUGACAGACAGUUUGCCAUCGCGGAUGUGCACUCGCUCUUGUGGUUCACAAAGCAGCCCAAAGGUUUGCCAUCAAGAGAGAAGGAAACCAGGUCCAAAGCCUGGUCCAAAGCCAGGGUUAAAACUAGGUGUGAAGCCAGGUCCAAAACCUGGUCCAAAGUCUGCUUUAAAACCAGGUCCAAAACAAGGUCUAAAACCAGGGCCAAAGCCUGUUCCAAAAUCUAGUGCAAAACCUGGUCCAAAACCAGGUCCAAAGUGUGAAGUAAUACCUAAUGUAAAACCAGCACCCAAACCAGGUUCAAAAAAUACAGGGUCCACAGAAGUUACAAAGAUUGGUCCAAAGAUUGGUUUACGGCCUUGUCCUAAAACUGAUCCAAAAUCUGGUUCUAAACCAGGCUUAAAGCCGGGGGCUUUUCUAGAAGAAAAACAUCUUCCAAAGUCAAGUCAAAUUACCACAGAGUCAAAGCCAACUGAGGGAUCAAAGUCUAAAGGCCCUGGUCGACCAAGAGGCAUUACCUCAAAGAUCAAAUCAAGAAAACAAGAUAAAAAUGUUCUGAUUACAACAGACCAUACCAAGGACACAAGCUCUACAAAUGAACUUAUUCAGAAAGAUGUGACUACAGCUUUAACUCUGGACAAAGAUGUAGGUGUUGUGAACACCUCUAUGGGUGAAACCACUUUGGAACCUACUCUAGAUAGUACUUGUGUAAAGUCUUUAGUCAAAGAUCAAAAGUCAAUGGUGCUGAGAUCACGGAAACAAACAAAGGAAAAAUUGACAGAAGAAAAACAGCAAGAGAGUGAUAAAUCAACAGAGACACUGUCAACAAGGCUCAUAGGAACACAAAUACAGGAUGUUACUGUAGACCAGUCAUGUGGGACAGAAUCAUCAAAUCUUGAAUUACCUAAACAUAAGGAUGUCUCUACAGACACUCUCCAACAACCUAAUGAAGAGAUAGUUUCCAUCAAAAGAAAAUCCAGUUUAAAGCCUUCAGACCCAAAAAAGAAAAAAAGAGGUUUGAAAACAAGUCAAACGAAGACAGAGGGGCCUCCAUUAGAAACAGUCACAGAAAUCUGCAUAGUAAAGGAAAAGCAAAACAUAGGGCAGCAUUUGCCAACAGAAUCUGUAAGCAGCAAUGUAACCACAGAUAACCCUCCUACUGAUGAAAUCACUGACAUGCCUUCUGUGCCUCCUCAGUGUCCCACUAAAACAAAAUAUUUGCCUCCUCGGAAAGGCAGGGGACUCAAAUAUGAGGCAAUGGUUCAGAAAAUCACAUCCCCAGGGUCCAAAAAGCAACCUUUAAAUAUCCAACCAGAUAUUGUGCCAGAAGAAUCAACAUCAAAACCAGCACCACAGGAACCAGAGCAAAAGGAGACAAUGAACACCCCAGAGGUGGCUCACGAGGAGGGCAAGCACACAAUGAGUACACAAGAGGUCAAAACCACAGCAGGAAUUCAAACUCCAAGGAAGAAGAGGAGAAAGUGGGCCACCGUAGAGAGCAGCAAUACACCAGAUGUAGUCCUGGAAGCUGGGAGCCUUGUUAUAAACACACCAAGGCUAGCCAAACAGAGAGCUAUUAAAAACAACCACGAGAUGCAUCUGAAGCAAAGAAAGAGGAGAAGAAAAGGCACUGAACCAGAAGAAAGCAUUUCCAUUGUGGAGCAACAGGAGCCUGUGCAGCCUGAUAUUCCACCCCCACCUCCACUGUCCUCUUCUUUACUAGAAACAGGUGAACAGAUACAGUAUGAGAAACCACCAACAGAAUUAUGCCCACCAGUGAUAAAAGCCAAAAGAGGCAGGCGACCAUCACUUAAAAAGAAACAGGAGGAAGCAUCAAGUCAAACAGUAGAUGACAAAGUAAAAGAGAAAAAAAAGCCUGAACCUAAGAAAAAGAUUCAAACAAAUCUUAAUGUACUCAAAGUUGAAGUGAAGAGAACUAAGCAGAGGAGGAAAUGCAACAAAGAUUUCCUUCCAACAGUGAAGGGAACAUUAUCAGACUUGCAUCCACCACAGAGCAAUGGCAAAUGUUCUUUCAGACCAUAUGUACACAUUGACAGCUCUUUGGAGCCAACGUCCCCUUGUACCAUCGUCAACAGGCCUGAGGAAGAGCAUCUGCUCACCCAAGCAAGAAAAAAGAGUGGCGCUAAAAUAAAAAAUCUAGUCACAGUUACCAAGGCAAUAUUAAACACCUCAGUAAUGCUCCAGGGGCCCUUAGUUAACAAAAGCCUAAUUGACAGGUGUCUAACGUGCUGCCUAUGUGGAAAGCCGUCAAAUAACAGAGAGCUUGGGGACUUGUGCGGCCCCUAUUAUCUCGAGGACUGCGUACCACGGAAAAUGCUGUCUUUAACACACAGGAAUGAUUUCAUACAAAGCAGCAACAGUGCUAAAGAGACAGAAGCCAACUGCUGCAUAGAGCACAUAGACUCACAGAGUGCAUCUGAGAAUGACGCACAUCAGGAGGGGACGAAUGAAGGAUGUAGCAGGCAUCCCAGGAGGGGGAAAAAGGCUAUUAGGGAAAAGUUAAGAACCCGCCCCACCUUGCGGAUGAGAUUCAAAAGACUGCUGCUGUUGCAGAGGAGACUUAGUGGAUCUGCUCCCCCUGCUGGUGAGGAGGAGAGUGGAACUACUCUGCAGAGAUUGCAGAUGGAGGCAGAGGCUAAAGAGCACUGGGCUCAUGAAGCUUGUACUAUCUGGACCAGAGGCAUCAUUCUGGUAGCAGGAAAACUCUAUGGGCUGAAAGAGGCUGCUCAGAGUGCUGCACAUGCAAAAUGUUCCAGGUGCCAGAGUGAGGGAGCUUCCAUCUGCUGCAGCUGGAAGAGCUGUACUCAGAUGUACCAUUAUAUCUGCGCCAAAGAGAUGGGCUGCACGUUUCAAGAAGAGACCUUCUCAAUUUGGUGUCCGGAACACAAGGCAAUGUAAUAUGCAGGCGAACGAGGACUGGUGAAUGUCACCCAUGAAGUGCAUCAAGGACGUACGUCCGCCUUCGUGCAGCAAGUCACUAUGGACAUCUGAGACAGAAACAAACUGGUACUGUAGCAAUAUUGACCUGAGACCAGACCAUCUCUCAAUCCACCCGUGAAUCCACGGUGAAAAAGGGAACGACACCUUUGUUAUGAAUGCGAAUGUGCCAUUCUUCCAUUUUUUUCUGUACUCUGGAGCGGAUGUUAUCAGUCGAGGACACCUGGUGGCAGAUUUGGAUGGCUGCCGCGAGUGCUGGAUGGCUCAGUCAUAUUCCCGCUGUCAAAUGGGAUUGAAAUUUGAAGAUGUUAUGCAUCAUACACUCACUGGAUGUAUUUCAAUGGACACUAUCAUGUUACAAAAAAUAAAUAAAAUCGUAUAUGGUGUGCUUUACAGGUCUAAAUAUUCUGAUAUCAUGAAAACAAAUCAUAUAAAUGCAUUAUUUUAAUAUACUGCUACUCAAAGUUGUAUGCUUAUUUUCAUGUGUAUUUAAAGACAAAACAGCACCAUGACAUGUCCAACAGUGUGUUAGGAGAAAAAAUAUGCUGCGUUCAUAUUAUAUGUAUGCACUGUUCAGCAUUAGCUAAUUGAAGGGUUAGUUCACCCCAAAAUUUUAAUCCUGUCUUCAUUUACUCACUCUCAUACACAGUUUUUGAAUGUACGCAUGCACAAAUGACAUUUUAGAGAUACGGCGCAAGGGAAGAUUUUCAGUGCAUAACAACUUAAAUUUAAGUCUGUUCUUCACACAUAGUUAUCGUAUGGCUUCAGAAGACUUGGAAUAUAGCGCAUGAGUCUUAUGGACUACUUUUAUGAUACUUUUAUGCUGCUUUUUUGUCAUUAUUGGAGCCCGACAUCCCCUGUCUCCAUUCACAUUCACUGUGUUUCAUUCCACGGAAGAAAGACAAAUAGGGUUUGAAUGACACAACGGUGAGUAAAUGAUGACAACAUUUUCAUUUUUGGGUGAACUUUAAGAGGUUAGGAAAGCCUCGGUUACUGAAGGAGACUGGCAAAUUUUACAUUUAUGUUCAAUUAAAUGGUGAUGCAGAAGACGACAUUAAAAACAUCAUAGUAAUUUAAUCAAAGAUGUAUAUGUGACUAACAUAUUAUAGACUUCACUCCACUGCAGUAUUACAGGUAAAAUGGCGCAUAGAGAAGACAGAACUGUCACGUAAUUAUUUGAUUCCUAAUUCUAAGUAACUGUGUAUAUAAGUAAUUGAUGAUGUUUAAAUGUAAGAUGUGAUGUACUAUUAUAAUUGUGUAUAGUAUUUCUUAGAGAUGUUUAUUUUCUAUAAAAACAAAUAUGUUAUUGCUUACUAAAGUUAUUAAACUGAUGAAUUCACAUGACUUUUUUGGAAUUGUAUUUGUCCACUGUGUCAAUAUUGCAAUGUUCCUGAUAUUUUGGAGAUGUUUUUAUUAUUUUUAUUAUUAUUAUUAUUAUUAUUAUUAUUAUAUGUAAUGCUGCAGUGAAAUAUAAUUGAUGUGUGAACAUGAACAGCUGUCUUUGGAACUGAGAUCAAAAUGACAUUUUGUUUGCUUUUCCUGCUUUUUUGUUGGAACUCAAACAAAGUAAUUCAGAGCUAUUAUCCCUGAAGAUGUCUCUGUAUCGCAGCCAGUGGUCCAAAAUUACAUCUUAACACCAUGAUUUACUCUGCUGGUGGCUCCUUUUAGUUCAAGCUCAAAAAAAGCAAUUCUGUUUCGAGUUAAAGGGUUUUUCACAAAUGUUCUGCUCAUCUGAAGCAAAUGUCCCACCUUCAAACCAGCAGGACAUACAGUAUGACAACACAUUGUAACUAAAUUGUUACCAAGUCUAGUAUUAAAGCAAUGUUCUGGUUGUAAAACAAGCUUGUAAAAACAAAACAAAAUCUGGUUUACAAUAAUGCACUUAAAAUGAAAGUCAAUGGGGCAAAGCAUUGUACAGACACGAGCUUUAAACAUUACAAGGGACACUUUUUACUACACUGAAUAUUUCUUAGGUGGUAUUCUUUUUUGAGAGUGAGUUUUUGUAUAGACACAUACCUUAA